CAGCAGCAACAGGAAUCCCGUGAAUAAUUAUUCAAAGCAGAUUAAAAAUGGCGUCCACACCAGGAAAUGUCUGUGAUCAAGACAAGGCUAUUGAACAUGUAAAAAGCCUUAUUCGUGAUUUUCCCGACUUUCCAAAGCCUGGAAUCACAUUCAAGGACAUAUGCCCAAUACUAAAGGAUCCCAACGCCGUAAGGACAAUAACAGAAGUGAUAGCUGAACACAUAAGAAAAAAUGUCCCUAAUACUCAAGCUAUUGUUGGUCUAGAAGCGAGAGGGUUUCUAUUUGGGCCACUUGUAGCGUUGAAUCUAAAUCUUCCAUUUAUUCCUGUGAGAAAAGCUGGCAAACUCCCAGGGAAAACUGUACAAACUUGCUACUCAAAAGAAUAUGGAAAGGAUAUAUUUGAGCUUCAAGAAGAUGCGCUAACUCCUGGCCAACAUGUAGUGAUCAUAGAUGACCUCAUAGCCACAGGAGGGACAAUGGUUGCUGCAUGUGAGCUAGUAAAGCAAGCAGGCUGCCAGGUAAAGCAGUGUGUGGUGUUAGUAGAGCUGGAAGACCUCAAUGGCAAGGAGAAUGUUGAUGUUCCUUGUCAUGUUCUUAUCAAAUUUUAAGCAAUUUUGAACUUUAGUGAUAUGCCCUGCACUCAAGGAAAACACACCCUGAAAUACCGAUGUUCCAGUUAUUGUUGUUUUUACUAUCAUUGAGCAUUUCCUGAAAGGAAGUGCACUAUCUGUGAGAUCCUCAGCCUGCCUUUUUUCAUGUGAUGUAAAGAUACAAUAAAGUACCAGUCUAGAAA